AUGGUUCGAAUAUCACGAACUUGCCAUGACGGCCAACUGCCUCUCCCUGGUUACCUGUCUCAAGCAAGCCAGUCGUCCAACGCUCUUGCUUCCAAGCUGCCUCCUUUGCCCGCCUCGCCUUCAUUCUCCCAGUCGAUGGGCAUAAUGGGCACUGCUGAGGAGGCGCUGAAUUCGUACCAGCUGCCCAAGCCCCUUCCCGUGUGGCUCAACCCUGGCUAUGCCAAGCACAUAGUGAGAGGCAAUUUUAUGACUCUCAGUGCUCGGCCGAAGACAGUUGAACAAGGAGAGUGGAUAGCUCAUCAAGUUGUCGAGCACUACCGUAACCUGUGGAACUUUGUCCGCGUCAUCUACGAGAAGGAGGAGAACGGGAAGUCUAUUUGCGAUGCUACGUCGUGCCCUCGCAUGUCGGCUGGAACAAACCACUCGUACACGUGGCUCAACAACCGUUUCGAGCCCAUUGAGCUGCCGGCCUUUGAAUACAUAACCCUGAUGCAGAGGUGGAUCUCUGGCAAGAUCGACGACACCAAAAUGUUCCCCACCGAGGCGUCUGGAGUCUCUUUCGCACACAACCCUCAAAUCACAACCACAUCACUCUUGAACGGGCCCGAUGAAUGGGUCGGAAAGCGCAGCGGGUUUCCCAAGGAGUUUUUCAGCAUCUGCCAGACCAUCUUCCUCCAGAUGUUCCGAGUCUACGCCCAUCUUUACUGGGCUCACUUUAUAGACCCAUUCUACCACCUGAACCUAGAGAAGCAGUUGAACAGCUGCUUCAGCCAUUUCGUGCUAACGGCCACCGCCCUCGACUUGCUAAAGCCCUCAGAGCUCGAGCCAAUGCAGCCUCUCAUUGAUCUCUGGGCUGCCAAUGGCACCUUCCCUCCCGAAUCCAAAGCGUACGAGUAUGCAAACCUCAAGGUGGGGAAUCUUCUCUUACAGCUUGGGGGCAUGGCUUGA